AUUGUAUAAUCUCUUUGUAAGUUUUGUAUGCAAAAAUCUUGUAAAGUAACUAGUACCUAAAGAGUAGAAGAGAUAGUGGCAUGAAAAGAAAAGACUCAAGUACAAGUACCCCAAAAUCUGUACUUGAGUAAAUGUACAUUUCACUGCUGCCGACAGACCAACAUCCCUAGAGCCAUGCCGCUAGCGUGGCUAAAAACUACAGUUUCCUCACAGUUUUAAAGAGAAUUAUUAGAGGAAAACACAAUAAAGGUUGUACUACUUGUAUCUCAAAGAAGUAAAAUCUCUGUAGCCACCUUUGUUGUUAGAAUCAUGGUUUUGAGACUGAAUGAAGGUUAUAAGAGAUAAAUUGCAAGAGUAAGAUCAAAAGAGUAUAAGACCAGUACUCGACCAGUGCCUCUCUCUGAACUUCACUUCCUUCCUGUCAUUCCAGCCCACUACAUGCAUAGAGUACCACAUUUAUCCCUCCUCUCCCUCGCUCCUUCUCACUUUCCAUUUCUGUCUCUCCUCUACAUCAUGUCUCCCGAGUCUUUGUGUCACUCUUUGUGUUCCCUUCUCUACUUCCACAGCGUGCACAUGGGUUAGCACAGGAUAAAGCAUUACUGAGUGGAUAAAUCCCUUUGGGGAAAGGUGAUGAGUCAGGUAGAUCUGCAUGUGUGUCUGCAUGUGUGUGAGAGGAAGAGAAGGGACUCUAAGGUUUAGUGAUUGAGGGAAACACUGUGGCUGUCUGCAGCGAGCAGAUGGUCAGAUGUACGAUAUUCUCUGCUUCUGAAGCGCUGGAGGAAGAAGAAAUCCACAUCACACCUUGUUCUUAUCUGGGAAUUUGUCAUAUAUCAUCUCCUUCUCUGCUACUUUCCUCUUUAUUUUGCUAUCUUCUCUGCACUCAUUUCCAGACGUUCAGCUCCACUUCUGCUUCCCUGUAACACCUUCUCUUUGUUGCUUUUGCUGCAUCGCACACAUUCCUUCGUCCAUCCUCACUUUUUGACUCUGUCACCAUGGAUAUUGGUGGCCUGACGACGGUGGUGGCCAACUCUGCCUACAUCUCGGCCCGCGGGAGCUUUGAUGGCACUGCCAACCCUGCAUCCAACCGAGACAAGAAGUACCACUCCCGCCUGAAGCUGCCUCACAUCACAGUGUGUGAAGGUCUGCGAGAGACUUUGGACCUGGGCUUCCAGACAGUCUGUGUGGAGCAGCCCAUCGGCAAACGUCUCUUCCAGGAGUUCCUAGACUCCCACAGUGAGUAUAUAGGCCCCUGCCGCCUGUGGAAGGAUAUUGAGGAAUACAACAUGGCUGAGGAUGAAGAUCGAGUCAAGAAAGCGAGCAAACUCUUGUCCCGGUACAUGGAGCCUGGCGCCAAGUAUUUCUGCCCUUUCCUGCCAGAAAACUGCAUCACAAAGGUCAAAGAGAAACACCAAGAGGCCGGGGAUGAUCUUUUCAAUGAGACCAUGGACAAUGUGAUGGACUUUCUCAAGGAAGUGCCCUACACUUUCUUCCUGGAGAGUAUGUAUCUGAAAAGGUUUCUGCAGUGGAAGUGGUUGGAGAUGCAGCCCAUGGGAGAGGAUUGGUUUUUGGAGUUUCGUGUAUUGGGGAAAGGGGGGUUUGGGGAAGUGUCUGCCUGUCAGAUGAAGGCCACAGGGAAACUGUAUGCCUGCAAAAAGCUCAACAAGAAGAGGCUGAAGAAGAGAAAAGGCAAUGAGGGGGCGAUGGUGGAGAAGAGGAUCCUGGCUCGAGUUCACAGCAGGUUCAUUGUCUCUUUGGCUUACGCCUUCCAGUCAAAAACAGAGUUGUGUCUGGUCAUGACUAUCAUGAACGGAGGAGACCUGAGGUAUCACAUUUAUAAUGUGGAUGAGGACAACCCAGGGUUGGACGAACCGCGGGCCUGCUACUACGCUGCUCAGAUCAUCCAGGGCCUGGAGCACCUCCACCAGAAGCGGAUCAUCUACAGAGACCUCAAACCAGAAAAUGUGCUGCUGGAUAAUCAAGGUAACGUCCGUAUCUCUGACCUUGGUCUGGCUGUGGAGCUGGCGGAGGAUCAGUUCAAAAUCAAGGGCUACGCUGGGACUCCAGGUUUUAUGGCUCCAGAGCUUCUGAAAGGAGAGGAGUACGACUACUCUGUGGAUUACUUCACUUUGGGAGUCACUCUGUAUGAGUUUAUGGCUGCCAAGGGACCCUACAGGACCCGAGGAGAGAAGGUGGAAAAUAAAGUGUUAAAGAAGCGGAUUCUGAAUGAUCCGGUACUUUAUCCAGAGAAGUUCAGUGAGAACGCCCGGUCCAUCUGUGAGGGUCUGCUGCUCAAAGAGGUCGACAAGAGGCUCGGCUUCAGGAACGGAUCAUGUGACGAGCUCAGGGCGCACCCCUUCUUCAGCGAGAUCAACUGGAGGAAACUCAACGCAGGGAUCCUUACACCCCCUUUCGUGCCAGAUUCCAAGACAGUUUAUGCCAAGGACAUCGACGACGUCGGGGCCUUCUCCACAGUUAAAGGCGUGCAGAUGGAAGACAAGGACAAGAACUUUUUCGAUGAGUUUGCCUCGGGGAACAUCUCCAUCCCCUGGCAGGAGGAGAUGAUCGAGAUGGGGAUCUACGGUGAGCUCACAGUCUGGGGACCUGACGGCACUUUGCCCAACGACCUGCGACGUGAAUCCAUCCUGGAACAGCCGCCCAAGUCCUCCACCUGCACGGUUUCGUAAGAGGCUGCAAUGGCCUCAGUGCACCACAGCAAGACACCUGCUGUUAAUGGAUGAUUUUACAUGAACUGUUUGUUUAUCAGUAAAUUUUAAACUUUAUUUCUUACGCACUUUUUGUAUAAGAUUUCAGUACAGGGUAUUGGUGGAUUUGAAUGGGAAUGAACAUUAUUGAGCAGCAGUGCAGCUCUGAUAGAUAAUGAGAUACUCAGCUUACAGUAUUACCCGCAGUCUGUGUGGUAUGUCUAUUGUCCAGUUUUUUUGUUUGUUUGUUUUUUGCAACAAUGCUAGCCAAGGUUCCACAGUGCAGUUAUUUAAUUAUUCGAUGUCUGAUGAAAGCUUUAACAGCUCUUAACUCUAAAAUAAUGUUGAGUUUAUGUGGACUGAUACUGUUUUUUUCUUGCAUUAUCUAAUUGUCUGUUUCUAACAUAGUACUGCUGUUGGGGUUUUUUGAGGUAGAGGAAUGAAUGAUCAGUUAUUAUGUGUGUGUCAGUGUGAAUGAAGUGCAAGUAAAAAAGAGCAUUUCUAUUUCCUACCAGUCAUGACAAGCCCAGAUUGUGCAGAUCUCUGGUCUUAUUUGGUUGCCAUGUGAGCUGACAGCUGCUCUCUUUCUUCUUCAUGUGUUUAUAACUCUCUCAGAUAUGUUUUAUAUGACAAAUAAAUUUAAGUGACAUGACACAGACACACACAUAUACCUUUUGUAUAAAUGUGCUGCACCUGUUUUUGUCCAUGUUUCCACUUUUCCACUAAGAACUCUAUACAAUAUGUGCUAGCCUUUGAUAAGAUAUGAAAAAGCAUUUAGAGAGCUGUUCACAAUAAUUUGUACACACACUACUUUAAGGUUGCAAAUAACAGUUACUUUCGUUAUUGAUUAAUCUGCAGAUUAAAUUUCUCAAUUAAUCGGUUAAUUGUUUGGUCAAUAAAAGUGAAGUGAUACUCCAAAACCCAAAUAAAUUCAGUUUAUAAUCACAUAAGACAAAGAAAUACUCACAACGAAGAGGCUGAAACUGGGGAAUGUUUAACAUUUUCUUCUUGAAAAAUUACUUAAAUGAUAUAUCAGUCAUCAAAAUAGUUGCUGAUUAAUUUUCUGUAGAUCAAUUAAUUGAUUACUUUAACUUUACACGGCUUACAUACUACAUAAAUUAUAUUGUUACUCUGAAUUAUCACCAAAAAUGUGAUAUCAGUACAUCACUAGUUUCUAUGAGGCCAGAGCAACACACCUUGAUUGUAAAUGGAAUAAUAAUGGCUAAGGGCUUUGUGUAGUCUUCAAAAAACUGACUUUUUUUUUAAAUGGGAGAAAUUAUAAUAUAUCUUUUUCUUAAAACUUCUCACCAUCACAGAUGUACUGACUGAGAAACAUGCAUGUACAUUGAACUUAAUUUAAACCUUUACAAACAUCAGUUUCCCCGACAAGAUUAAACAUACAGAUGCUAUACUGAUAUUUAUUUUAAAUGUUCACUUUUAUAGUUAUUAUUUUUUAUACUGAUAUGGACCUAUGUGUCUGAAAUAAAGUUGAAUAAUUAUAUUUAGGAUAUGCAGGAAUCCCAGAUGCUUUCAUGUAUGGAAGUAUAUACUGGACUAUAUUCAAAUGAUAAUGUUAUUCCAAUAUAGCAUUAUAAUUUUCCACAUAUGUGUUA